CACAAGAUCUCAAAAGGACAACAGCUCAGGCUAUCACUCCACACAAAAGACUGUACUGACACACUGUUGAUGACCAGCAGAUUGAUCACACGGCUCUUACAAUGAAGCCUGCAUGGAUAGCUGUGCUUUGUGUGCUAAUGGCAGCCAGACUGAGUGUCUCUCAGGAGGAGGACACAGAGCUGGCUGAGCAAGACGGGAGGGAACCUUGUGCCCGCUGGAUGAGGGGUGUUCCUGGCACUCCAGGAUUCGAUGGCAUCCCCGGGCGGGACGGACGUGAUGGGCAUGAGGGGGAAAAGGGAGAUAAUGGAGAUCCAGGCCCCAAAGGACCGAAUGGAGAGCCAGGUGAACCAGGGGAUGAGGGACCUGCAGGAAAAAGAGGAUUUCCCGGAAACCCCGGUCUGAAAGGACAAAGUGGAGAGGGUUCCUUCCCCUACCGCUCUGCUUUUAGCAUGGGACUCACAGGUAUAACCAGCCCGGCCAGUGGAGCUCCCAUCCGCUUCACUAAAACCUUCUACAAUGAGCAGCACCACUACGACGACAUCUCUGGAAAGUUUCGCUGUGCCAUCCCUGGGAUCUAUUACUUUACAUAUCAUCUUACCAUCAAUGGGAAGGAGACCAAGGUAGCUAUGUUUAAAAACAGCCGGACUGUGGCCUUUACACUUGACCAGUUCCACAGUGGAAAUCUGGAUCAGGCCUCUGGAGGGGUGGUUUUAAAUCUGUCUGCUGGAGAUGAGGUUUGGCUACAGUUGUAUGAUGACAUAUUUGAUGCAGGGAUUUAUGCAGAUAUCAACAAUGACUCCACCUUCACUGGCUUCCUUUUGACUCCUAAAAUCUUAAGCAACCCAAUUGACAACCGCAGACGCUGACACUGCCUAUGUGGAUGUAUUUGUAUCCACAUGUUCACUUAAUCUCACGGAACAAUCAGUCAGUUUAAUGCAGCAUGAAGAGAUUAUUUUGCUGUGUGUGUGUCUGUGUUUGAUACUGUCAUAAGCCCUGUCAUUUUUAGAUUUAUAGGCCAGAUAUGUUCAUAGGGAGUCUGGCUGCCCACCCACUAAACAUGUCACAUCUAGCCAACUGGCUUCCUCUCAGUACAGCAGUUGGUGUGCAGUUUAGCAUACGUCAUCCUCGCUGAUAUUUUAAUCAAUGAUUAAGGUCAGAUACCACCAUAUGUGCUGAGCUAUGACCUUAUAAUUAUAUUUUAUUUAGAUUUGCGACUUGCAAUCUUGCAGCAGCUCUUUAAUUGCCAUUUGUAUGCCAUAGUUUUUAAUGAACCAAAAUAGCUUGACAGCUGUUGAGUAUUUAUAUUUAUUAAUGUUUAUUAAAAGUAUUCUCAGGCUAAUGAAGGUAUCUGUGUCACAGCUUGGACUGUGCUCUAGAUUUUGAAGAAACAUCUUAAUUGUGGAGUUUUAACAUUUCUCUAAACUCCCAAGACAGUUAACU